AUGGCAGAAACAGAAGGUCAUCAAGUUGGAAUCGUAAUGGGCUACCCAUGUCAACCCUACUUCCAAAGUUAUGAUCAGAAGCAACCUCCAAGUUUUGCAGCCACAGCCGCCGCAGCAGCAGCCUCCAACUCUGGCUGGACAAUAAGAAAUAACUCCGCUCGCCCACCUCCUGAUAGCUACCGGAUGACCACCACACAGAAUCAUGCUGAGCUUGAUUGCAGCAACGUAACGACAGAUAAAAAGAACCUUAUGAUGGAAGCACUUCUCGUUUUAUUUGCUGGUAUUCUUGCAUUGGGCUUCAUUUUCUGGAGAGCUUCGCUAAUGAUAACCGAUUUCCGUCCACCCAAGUUCGAAGUUGAUGCAGUGACAGUCUAUCCUUUCAACAUCUCGUCAUCUUCUCACAUAACAGCAAGCUGGAACAUCAGUUUAUUCAUAGAAAACCCUAAAUCAAUCUCCUUCUAUUAUGAAGAUAUGAAGGCUUCUGUUUUGCUGAAGAACGAGAGUAUCUGUUCUACAAUGGUUGGGAAUUUGUUUAUUGAUGGUCGCUAUGAGAAGGGGAUGAUGGUGAAGGCUAAUCUUGCGGCCUCCUCAGUGUCUAUGAACCAGACAGUAGCAGAGGCUGCAAUUGCUGAGAUGACAGAAGAACAAGCUGUGAGCUUCUCCUUCAUGUUGAAUGUUAUUGGAAGAAUGGAUCCUGGGAAUAGUGAUGAAAAAAGGAAGCGUAUGGUGGCCUCGUGUGAGGAUCUGAAGGUUGGAUUCAACACUAAUUCUCAAGUGGGAAAGUUGAUGGGUAGCCCAAUUGCUUGCAAUCUACGUAUCUACAAAUAUAAUAUGGAAUGA